UAAAACUCUAUAAAACAAGCGAAGGAAACAAAACAGGUCCUGUUAAUGUUUUGUCAAAAAAUUACAUUUAUCAUUGGUGAGUCUCACUAAUCUAAGCUGUUAGUCUCUGUUUUCAUUGUGGUAACAUUCUUAACUAAAGGAAGUUUCUGUUUAAAGCCGAAUAGAUGCUAAAUUGUAGAGCAAAGUAAAGUCUUAGGACCAAUAUUGGUGUUAAACUGUGGACAAAGUCUUGGAUACAGUCCUGUCACUUGUGCCUGCCUGUCUGUUGAUGUGAUGGCAUGCACUUGGACUUGUGCUAUGUUGAAAGUGAUACAGAAACGUUACGAGACCUGACCUCAUAGAGUGCUGUUACAACUUUUAUGAAAGGGUCACCAGGGUUCUCAAUCAGACGUAAAGCCAACAAAUAGCCAUGUCAUCGGAUCAAUGGAAAGGACUGCAUGUCAAAAAGGGGUUUUGAUUGUGUCAGUGACUGUGUGUCUGAAUAUCUGUAAUUUUGGACUGUAGCCCUGUAUGGAGCGCUGCAUAGGAGGGAUAGCCUGUCGUCUUUGGACUUAACACAGGAUUCACUUUCACACUUUGUAAGCUGUAAGCCUAACUAUUGACCAACAACCAUCUGUAACUAAAUAAAAGAUGAGGCAUCAUUGGUUCGUUCUCACACAGUGACCAUGUCAGUCUUAACCUGAGGAAGAAUAACCACACUGAAAGAUUCACUGAUGUUUUAAUUUACUCACACUUCAUCACAGUGAGUGAGCCUACAAGAACCUAAAGUUGAUAUCUGGCAGGCAAAGUGCAGGAAGGACAUGAAACAGUCUCCUGUCACCAUUUCUAACUGAGUUUCAUAGCUGGAGCUGCCAGUAGAGCUUUGAAGAACCUUGUGAUGGCAAAAAGCCACUAAAUAAGUACGGACCAUUUACAUUUGGUCUACUUCAAAGACCUAAAAAGUCCAUACUCCUAAAAAUAAAGGUUGUUUUCCAGGUAUUCAGCCAUAUUCACCUGCAGGGACCAGCUGUGGUGCUACAGCCUGCAUCCUAGAAAAGGUUUUUCUUUACAAACCACCAUUAAAACAUAUAAAAGGCUCCACAAGACAACAUAAAGUCAGCUGUUGACCUGAUGGACAGACAAGAUUGAGCAGGUCUGCAUGUGUAGGUGUGAGCUGGAAAUGUAAUGAUUGACAGAAGCAUCCACUCCAGAGCACAGGGCAAAGCUGAGGACAGUGACAGGACGCAUGGAGGGACCCAGUUAUAUACACAUAUAUAUAUAAACUAGAAGGAUCCUCAAGCAGAAAACAAGUGAAGCAACAGGUUGAGAAAUGCUCAAAGGUAGUCGGAAGCAGAGAGCAGCCGUGAGAGGAGGACAGCUCAGAGUUCUGUCUCCAGAUUUCUACUAAACCACCUUGAAGGCUGCAGUGGCCUCUGAGACAGACUGGAGGUGAACAUUACUCAUCAGCUCACAAUGUCUGGGCCUGCAGACGACAACCGAACUAACCGGACUCGGCAGCGUGGCCCUGACGUCAGCGCCCCUCCCUACUGGUGGACACACCGGAAGAGGCGUGGUUUUUUGAUUUGGCGCGAAGAUUCUUCUUCCUGUGAGGACGGAACAUUUCCUGUGUUUGUUGAUCUUUAUCGAGCUCGUCUCAGAGAACAACCGGCCAUUUUCUUACUUUGCGGCUUUUGUUCCCGGAGCGACAUGUCUCAGGCUCGAGUUACGGAUUUCUUUACCCACAGCAAGAAAGGCUCUAGAGGUCCGGCCAAGGCCCCGGGCCCCGCCGCAAACAGACACGCUUCUCGUUGUCCGUCCUCUGUCCGUGAAGAGUUUGUCCGAGUUAUCGACGAGGUGGUGGGGCUCACCGACGGCCAGCCUGCUGUUAGCAACACCACAAAACCCUCCAGUCCUCGGACACCGAAGCGGACGUCGGCGGACGCGCAGUGUGCCGUGGAGGCGGCCAGUAGCGAGCACAGCACGGCCAAGAAGAGACGACCGACGGAGGCUGCUGGACGGACCGCAGCCAGCGUGUGCGAGAAAGUUCGAAGAAAGUCUGCAAGAAAGAAACUCGUCCUCCCGAAAGAGACAGCCCAGGCUGCCCUCCAGCCCAUUCCCUGCGAGGUGACCCAGCAGCCCUUGGCUCCAGCCAUCCCCAUACGUGGACAGACUGCUGGGAACCAAGCUAAGCUACAACCAAAUAGCUCUCCACAGAGGAGUCAAGAUGAGAACCCUAGAAGACAGACCAACAAGGCACUGUGUAAAGAGGAUAUUGCUGCUAUCAAGUCUCGUCUCCAGAGGAUCAAGAAAGAUGCAAAGGAAAUCACCAGUGCUGCUUCCUCGGCCUUAGCUUCCACAUCCUCCUCUUUCUCUUCAGCUUGUUUAGCACCUAAUGAUACUGCCCCCCCUAUUCACAAAGCCAUCACUCCCCCCACCUCUGAUGCCGAGCUUCUCAAGUGCACUGUAGCACAUGCCAAAGAGCUUGCAGCCAAAGCUCAGAGGAGGCGGCAAGAGAGGGAGACUCAGGAGAGCAAAUGCACUGAGACACAAACACAGGACAGCACUGAGCAGCCAGCAUACCAGCGGUACAACACCCUAGCCCAGGAUGCCCUCCCAGGGCUCUCACUACCUUACCAUUACAGGGUGCUGGCUGAGAUGUUCCGGAGUAUGGACACAGUGGUUUCCAUGCUCUACAACCGCCGUGAAACGGCCAGUUUCUCCAAGAUCAAACGGGGAGUUCAGGACAUGAUGCAUAAGCGGUUUGAGGAGAGCCAUGUGGGCCAGAUAAAGACUGUGUUCCCUGAGGCAUAUACAUUCAGACAGGAGAAGAACAACGCACCCUUCAACAACAGCAUAAAGAAAGGCAGUUACCAGCUCGUUGUGGAGCCAGUCAUUCUCUCUGGCCAGAAUGAAGCCCGACAUGUACUCUCAGCCUCUCGUCUCCUGGAGAGAAGAAAGAUCUUCCAUCUGAACCUGAUUUCCAUCGUCAAACAACACCACAAAGCCUUCCUGUCCUCACUGGUUCUUCCAGUAUCAAUUCCAGAAGACAGAUUGACUCGCUGGCACCCUCGCUUUAACGUGGACACUGUGCCAGCUGUCCAGACAAGCCCGCUGCCUCAGGUUCCCCAUGCUGACAGACUGGUCACAGCUCAGGAGGUUCUGGACAAGGCCCGCUCUCUUAUCACCCCCAAGAUGGAGAAGGCUCUGGUCUCGCUGGCUGCAAAGACAGAAGACAAAGCUACAGAAAGUAAUGAGCCAGCGUUUCAACAGAAACCAGCAGCCCCCCAGAUAUCGACUCCAUCAACUGCCCCUGCAGCUCAGGUCCCAGUUGCCCUGAAGGGGGUGUCCCAGUCCCUGCUGGACAGGAUCCGGGCAAAAGAGGCCCAGAAGCUCCAUGCAGCCAUGACCCGAAACCCCACCCAAGAGGAGCGCCUGCUGAUGAUGUCACGGCUUGGGGAGCUAGCAAGAAUUCUCCGCAAUGUGUUUGUUGCAGAGAAAAAAACUGCUUUAAUAAUGGAAGUGGCUUGUAACAGGAUGGUAGCAAGCUACAGGUCGACACUCAGCACAGGUGAAAUGGAGAAACACAUCCGUCUGCUGGCAGAAGUGGCUGCUGACUGGCUGACUGUUCAUCCAGUGCGGAAGGACUUCUACUUGAAGUUGAACAAGAACAUGGAGCUUAGCAUUGUUCUGGACAAACUGAGCAACAGACUCAGAGAGGAAGAGAGACUCUGAGAGACUUUCAUUUAGAUUUUAAAGACAGAAUGACUGAGGAAUCCUUUCACUGUGAACCACACAGCGAGCUCAGGUUCCUGCUGUAUGAACCGUGGUUGUAGGCAAGCUGUUAGAGUGCCACUUAUUUAAAAAUUUCACUACUUUGUUUACAGGGUUUUGUGGCAAUCCCCUCUCAUGAUGAUAGUUCAAGUAUUCUGCCUUCUGUGUUAGCAGGUUGUUUUAAUUUUUCACUGUUGAUGUGCUUUUUUUUUUUAUUAUUGUUAAACCCUCCAUAAAGGUGUAAUAUUGGUCUCACUGCUGGUCUUUAGGGAUCACUUUUCUACAAUGUACAUCUGAUGAGUGUUUACAUUUUAAAGGUCACUGUACAGGUAUUUAUCUGCACCAAUUUUCUGUUCUGUGAAUGCAGUUCAUUAAAUAAACAACCUAUAUUUUAUAGGUUGAAAACGUG